GGAGAGGCGCUGGAAAGGGUUGGGAAGGAAACGGCGCGCGCAGAUCACGGGAUAGGAGGGGGAUCACCGCAUCAGGCAAUUCGAUGCAUAACAACAAUAUUAAUAUUAAUCAAUUAUGAUUAUAUUAGUUAGUCGGGAAGUUCAGUUGCAGUGGGGUGGAAGGUUAGUAUCUUCCUCGAAAACCUUGAAUGAUGGUGUCGAGAUGAGAAGAUGGAGAGGGAGAGAAAGGAAGAUAGAAGAAGAAGAAGAGGAAGAGGAGUAAGAAUGGAGAAAAAGAGAGUGAGAGGGGCAUCCACGAGCACUUCUUCUUCUUCUUCGGCUUCUUCUGCUCUUCUUCCUCUUCUUUUGCUGCUUCUUCUUUCGCCGCUUCUAAAUAUAGCCUCUUGGCAUCACACCGCAUCGGUCAGCAUCUUUCACUACUGUCUCAAUCAGUUUCUUUCCAGUCUCUCCCUCACUAGACACUCUCACUCUCAGUUCCAGAACCCUAAAGAAUCCCCCCCCCCGCCCUACCAUGGUUGGCUCCGUCAGGCGUCCCCUCUUCGGCCGAAUUCCAUGGUUCGGUUGCCCUUAGACAAAGGGAAGACAAUCACAGGCAGGAAGAGGACCUGUCUAGCACUACCCAAGAAAGUGCUAGGAAUUCAUGUGCGGACACUGGUCUAGAUGUAGUCCUUCAUUGCCGCCGUGAUGGUGGCACAGUGGUUAUUAGACGCCUAUCACCAUCACCCACCGAACCAACAGUGACUUCACCCCCAUCCACUUGUCGCUAUGUUUUUCUUU